AACGGGCUCGCGAGCGGUUAGAGCAGCCGGGCGGCGACACUGCCUUUCUACGCAAGCGGCUGGAAGGAACGAACACCGGGAUCUGUUCUUGCGGGGCUCGAGGGCCGCACGGCCUCUUUUCGAAACCGGACCUUAUCGCCUUCCGCCUGAUGGGCCCUUAAGGUUGAGGGUGAAGAAGCGUGUGCAGCCUUCUUUGCCCGUUGCGACUACUGUGGCGUUGCUGUCUUUAAAGUUGAAGUCUCUGACUCAGAGAAAAUUCUGAAUUGGAACGCACACCGGGAGCUUCCGGUAUCCGGGCCGAAUCUCCGGACGCAGCCUGCCGCCGUUGCUCAGCAACGGCACCGGAGCGUCUGUGAUUGGCUGGGCCUGGCCCCGCCCCGCCUCGCGCGGCGGACCUGGGUUAGAGGUCCCGCCGCCCUAAGGACCUUGGCACUUUGCGGGCGUCGUGCAGAGGCGGUUGCAGUCAUGGAGAGAGAGGCCGUUUGGAGAGAGCCCGACACCGCCGAGGUGCUGCCCCAGCACAAGUUCGACCACAGAGCCCUGGAGGCCUACCUAAACCAGCACUUGCCUGGCUUUGGGACGCAGCCCGAGUCUACGCUAACCGUUACGCAGUACAGAUCAGGACAGUCCAACCCUACCUUUUAUCUCCAGAAGGGCUCUCAAGGAUAUGUACUCAGGAAAAAACCACCAGGUUCACUUCUUCCUAAAGCACAUAAGAUUGAUAGAGAAUUUAAAGUCCAGAAAACCUUGUUUUCCGUUGGAUUCCCUGUUGCUAAGCCUUUGCUGUACUGCAGCGAUGCCUCUGUCAUUGGAACGGAAUUUUAUGUGAUGGAACAUGUGCAGGGACGAAUCUUUCGUGAUUUCACACUUCCUAAAGUUAGCCCAGCAGAACGCUCAGCCAUAUAUGUGGCCAUGAUAGAAACACUGGCUCGGUUACAUUCCUUGAAUAUACGAUCACUGCAGCUGGAAGGAUAUGGAACAGGUGUGGGGUACUGCAAAAGACAGGUAUCUACCUGGACAAAGCAAUAUGAGGCUGCUGCUCAUCAGGACAUCCCUGCCAUGAAACAGCUAUCCGAAUGGCUCAUGCAAAACUUGCCCGAUAAUGACAGUGAAGAGAGUUUGAUUCAUGGAGAUUUCAAACUAGAUAACAUAGUUUUCCACCCCACAGAGGCUCGAGUUAUAGCAGUACUAGACUGGGAGCUGUCAACCAUUGGUCAUCCUCUGUCGGACUUAGCUCAUCUCUGUCUGUUCUACUUUUGGCCAAGGACACUUCCGAUGAUAAAUCGAGGAUCUCAUAUCCAGGAAAGCAUAGGGGUACCACCAAUGGAAGAACUGAUUUCAGUAUAUUGCCGCUGCAGGGGAACUAAUCCUAUUCUUCCUAACUGGAAUUUCUUUCUUGCCCUUUCGUAUUUUAAAUUGGCUGGAAUAGCACAGGGAGUGUAUCAUAGAUAUCUUUUGGGAAAUAAUUCAUCUAAAGAUAGCUUUCUGUUUGCCAAUACUGUGCAACCUCUGGCAGAAACUGGAUUACAACUCUCAAAAAGAACAUUCAAUACGGCACUGCCACCGGUUGGUAGUACAAGACACUUGUUUGUACAGACUAGAAAAGGCCAAGAAGUUCUCACUAAGGUGAAGCAAUUCAUGAAGCAACACAUCCUUCCAGCAGAGAAGGAAGUUUUUGAGUACUAUGUUCAAAAUGAAAAUUCAGCGCAGAGGUGGAAACAACCUUCAGUGAUUGAUAAGCUCAAGGAAAUGGCCAAAGCAGAGGGCCUGUGGAACUUGUUUUUGCCAGCUGCGAGUGGGCUCAGCCAGGUGGACUACGCCCUGGUUGCUGAAGAGACUGGGAAAUGCUAUUUCGCUCCAAAUGUCUUUAACUGCCAAGCACCAGACACGGGGAACAUGGAGGUACUGCACCUGUACGGAAGCGAGGAGCAGAAGCAGCAGUGGCUGGAGCCUCUUCUUCAAGGGGACAUCACCUCUGCCUUCUGUAUGACAGAGCCUGAUGUAGCUUCAAGUGAUGCCACAAAUAUUGAAUGCAGCAUUGAACGAGAUGGAGAUAGCUAUGUAAUUAAUGGCAAGAAAUGGUGGAGCAGUGGAGCCGGGAAUCCCAAGUGCAAAAUUGCAGUUGUUUUGGGGAGAACUAAAAGUCCUACUGAGUCCAGACACAAACAACACAGCAUGAUUCUCGUUCCAAUGAACACACCUGGAGUAGAAUUAAUAAGGCCGUUGUCAGUUUUUGGCUACAUGGAUUAUUUACAUGGAGGACAUUUUGAGGUCCAUUUUAAUCAAGUACGAGUUCCUGCUUCCAAUUUAAUACUAGGUGAAGGGAGGGGAUUUGAGAUUUCCCAAGGCCGCCUCGGCCCUGGCAGAAUCCACCACUGUAUGAGAACAGUCGGGGUGGCAGAACGCGCUCUGCAGAUCAUGUGUGAGCGGGCAGCGCAGAGGGAAGCCUUUCAGAGGAAACUGUAUGAACACGAGGUUGUGGCCCACUGGAUUGCUGAAAGUCGCAUUGCCAUUGAGGAGAUCCGCUUGUUAACCCUGAAAGCUGCCCACAACAUAGAUACUCUGGGCAGUGCUGGUGCUAGGAAAGAGAUCGCAAUGAUCAAGGUGGUGGCUCCCCGGGCUGUCUGCAGGAUCGUUGACCGAGCCAUCCAGGUGUGCGGCGGGGCGGGCGUCUCCCAGGACCAGCCGCUGGCUAACAUCUCCCACAGCCGCUGCCUGUUUUUUCCCAGGUAUGCCCUAACACGAACUCUGCGCUUAGCAGAUGGGCCUGACGAAGUCCACCUCUCAGCAGUUGCAAAAAUGGAGCUGCGGGAACAAGCCAAAAGGUUGAGAGCCAAGAUGUGAGAGAGGAGCACUGCCCCCUCCAGAGGCAGAGGGCUCCUUCACUCAGCCUCAGUCAGCGCUAGUGUUUGAUUCCUUGGAGUCUGAGCAAAGGGUAAUGACCUGUGCUAAAGAUUUUGGUAUCUGUUUGUUCAGGGGUUUUGUGAUUUCGAGAGUCACACAGAUGUGUGUUAACUAAGGAAGACCGUAGCUGCUGUCCUUAUGUCUAGUACCUCAGUGGGUUAGCAUCUGCUUUUUAAUGCAAAUUGUGACCAGAUCACGGAAUAAAUUGAGAGUUAUUUCUAAAGCACAAACAUAGAUCUUCCACUUUUUGAUUUUCAGAACUUGUUCAUGGAAGUAAAUAACUCAAAAUAUUUCCUCUUGCUUUGAAAAACAUAGCUAGACCCCUUUUCAACACUGGGCUGUAGGGGUUAAUUUAACACUGCAGAGUAUUUGCACUAGAGAAAGAUGCACAGCUGGCUGGCUUAUUUUAGAAUUCAUUUAAAUGUAAGCCUCUUCAUCAUUGAAUAGGGAACACUAAUGUAUUAAAUCUAAAUGGCUUAAAAAUUUGUAAGAAAACCUCACAUUUUAUGAGAGAAUUUAGGUGUCAUUUUAUUUUAAAAAUGUUGAGAAGAGUGAAGAGUUUGAGGGAAAGAAGUGCUUUCCUGGGUUUUGUUAAGAGAUGGAAGGCAGCGCACUCUGCAAGAUGUGCUGCUGGCAGCAGUGUCCUCCCACACUCAUAGCUGCCAGCUACAGGUGACCUGGGCGCCUGAGGUGUGGCUUGUGUCCCUGAGGAGGGCGAGUUUUAAUUUUAAAAAGCUGCAACUUAAAUACUGAUGCUUGGCUCAGUUACUGGGAAAGCUUUUCAGGAUGCUGGGGAUGAGGCGGCUCUGUCAAUCUACCUUUUCAUCUGUAAGCUUUAUGAAAUCUAAAUACAAAGUAUUUUGAAUCAAAAUUUGGCAUCCAAAUAGCGUAAAAUGUAUACCAGGUUUUGAAAAUUCAGCAUGAAAAAUUCAAAACAUCUUAUUAAUACCUUUUAUAUUGAUUACCUAUUGAAAAAUUUUUGAAAUACUGAAUAAAAAAUAUUAAAACUAA